GGAAUAUUGUCCGCUGUCAAGUCCAUUCAAAAUUGCACCACGCAAGUGAAGCAGCGGGACACUCACGACGUCGCUUUCCAGCCACCGGCGCGGAAUACCUCUCUCUAUUCUCUCUACAUUGGGAGUCCGUCCUCAUCGCAUAAUCGGCCGGGCAUGCUAUUAAUGCGGCCGUUAUAUUGAAUCCCAGGGUUUCCUUAUCGUCUUCACCAUCAAUGGAUACCUUCACCCAGCGUUUCUUGCGAUCCGUCUCGAUUCCCUUUUCACACUGCCCGGAGUUAGGAGCUUAAAUUCGUCGUCAUUCUCGUAUUCUUUUCUUCUUCGUCGUGUUGUGUUGGCGCCAAUCGUCUAUAGUGUCUUGAACGGAAAAGAUCUCGGCUUUCUAGACGAUUUUUUUUUUUGGGUGUUUGCAUAUCGCAAUGGCGAGCAUACAUAGCGCAUCUGCUAUUUCUGAGUCAGCAUUUGGUUGCGAGCACCUUGCCGCUCUUAUGCUUAACGAAAAAGCUGCUGGGCAAUUCAAAGGAGAUUUCAUGAAAACGCAUAAUCUCUUAACCAGAUCUCCUAAGCCUGUUGAAAGUCUACUCCUGCAAUCUAUGGACUUGCUAAGGCCAAAAUAUGUCUGCUUGACUUGCUCUGAACCAUGUGUUAAUGGUGACCGGAAAACCCAUACAGAGAAAACGGGUCAUCAGUUUUACAUGGAGUCUAGGAGUCGUUCGCUGUACUGCCAGGCUUGCGACGAUCUGGUUUAUGAUUAUGGCCUGGAACGUUUCCGGUCGCCCACAUUGAAAUAUCAAGUUUCCAAAAAUCGGCCUCACAGUGAGGUGGCUGCGGACGAGAUCUAUGUCAGAAACAACGCCAACAAACGCCCAUGCACGAGACAAGGUGCCAGAGGUCUAUAUAAUCUCGGACAAACUUGCUAUAUGAAUGUCAUUUUGCAAGCAAUGCUCCAUGAUCCCCUCCUGAGCACUUACUUUCUCGGGAACGGUCACCAAACAUACGACUGUACAGUGCCAGACUGCGUAGGCUGUGCUGUUGCAGAGACAUUUUACGACUUCAACAAUACUGAAAAGGUCGAAGGAUUCGCCGCUCUCAACCUACUCCUAGCAUCUUGGAAAGCGAGUCCAGCCCUUGCGGGAUAUCGACAACAGGAUGCACAUGAAUAUUAUCAGUUCCUCGUCGACAGACUACACGCCACUGCUGAUGACCAUCUGGACGACAAUGACCAAAACUGUCCUUGUUUCUUCCACAAAGCCUUCUAUGGUAAGCUACGGAGCAGUGUGACCUGCCAUCAAUGUGGCAAUGUUACACUUACCGAAGAUCCAAUGGUGGAUCUAAGUCUUGACGUCCAGGCGAAGAAACGAGUCAUGGGUGGCUCGAGUGCGACAGCCACGGCCACGUUGAGCGGAUGCCUUGAGAGCUUCACCUCCCCAGAGAGACUCAUGGCUGGUGUGUACAACUGCAGUGGUUGUGAUGGUACCCAGCAAAAGGCUACGAAACAGCUACGCAUCAAGAAACUCCCAUCUAUCUUAUGUAUGCAGUUGAAGCGUUUUGAUCACAACUCCUCUGUUUCCGAGAAAGUGGAAGGCAGGAUUGACUUCCCUCUUUCUAUAAAUAUGCUUCCAUACACCACAAAACAGUGCAGUAAAUCUAUAGACAGAUCAAAGUUCAUAUAUGAUCUUUCGUCUGCUGUUGUGCACAAGGGCAAAUUGGACGCAGGGCAUUACUAUGCGUACUGCCGGCACGGUGAUGAGUGGAUGCGUUUCGAUGACGACAAAGUCACCCCUGCGUCGGAGUCUGAGGUGCUUAGUUGCGACGCCUACCUUCUAUUUUACAGCCUGCGCCGGUUGCCCAGCAAUGCCCAGCCAUAGUAUACAUCUUUACAGUGUACGGCCCUGGUUUCCACGGAUAGCUGUCCUAUCUAUAUGUCUUUGAAGAUAUGUCGGAGUUAUUGAGUUGUCUUUUAUCGGCAAUUCACCCGGAAGAGUCGCAAUUAGGAAGGGCCAAGUUCGGCAUUUCCAUAGAGCAAAAACAGCUACAUUGUAAUGGAUUUUAGAAUAUGCCAUACCCCUUGUCAUUGUUACCCCGAGGGAACCUCCGAUAUCUUAGAAGAAAGAAAGAAAAAUGAACAAAUUGAAAAAGCAGAACCGGGAAUUCAUUUCACUUUUCCCUCUCAUCGAUUCAAUUCAAAGUUCCGAAUAUGAUGAACAAACAACCCUUAAAACAUGCUCAACACCGGGCCAUUUAAUUCUCAUUUCGCUAAAUCAAGAAAAGGUUCUUGCCCAUCGGGGGAUCCCCAGCAAUUCGGCCCUUGAAUCCCAGUUUUACCGUCCUUCCGUUCGUUGAUUUUAUUUGCUUUUUUCUUUUUGCCCCCUUCUUUUCCCAUGGGAUCAAGUCGAUCUUACCAAGCGCCGAGCACGGAAACGAGUCGUGAACAUCGAAGGAUUUGAAGCAGGAAAAACGAACGAAUUCACCGGUACUGUUUAGAGAAGAGGUCCACGUUAGAUGGAGAGUCGUUUUAAACCGAAAAUAGCGAAGGUAUUUCGAGAGCGAGAAAACAAAAUAGCCCUCCAAUCGUAUACAAUGGAGACAAUCCGCGAUCCGGGGCCGAAAAAUUGGAACUCAAAAAAAAAAAAACGUGAAAACCAACCUUGACGAAACCGAUGUCCUGAGAUUUCUCCCGGAAGCACUGACGGCAGAUGUUCAUCUAAACAGAGCAAGAAAAACCCCGAGUCAGCCCAUCUCGUUCUUUUUUUCUUUUCAACCAAUUCAAACAUUUUUCAGCAACUCGCAGGAUCAGGUUUUCGCAUACCCCGUACUUGCGGAUAAUACCACCGCGGUUAGCGCAGACACGGCUAUUCAUUUUUGAAAUCGUCUCGUCAGUAUUCCAUCACAAUCACACACAUAUCACCCGACCAAAAUCUGUUUGUUUCCAAGCUGAAGGAGUAGGUAAAACACACCAGGAACGAGAGCCCUUGCCGAAUCUAUUCGAUAAACAAUCACCGAUUAGUCUUCUUCCUAUCUCAAGAUUUCGCAGAAAACAAUUGGGAGCAAAGGGAUACGGAUCGGCUCUCUUACUUGCGGGGCCGGCUGUACCACAC